GAGGAUACUGUGGUGCAGGUCAGAGGUAAUCCCAACAUCAGCGCAGAUUUGGAAAGGUUUCGCAAAGAGGCGUCGUGUUCUGCUUGUGUGUACUCCUUCGCUAACUCAUACUUGCUGACGUUAGCGCACAUCGCGCUGAUACAGUUCAACCGGCAACCAAGCUUGGAGGAAUCGUUUGAGCAGCACGUCUCGAUCAUAAACCCUGGCGUCGGCAAAUUGAGAGUUAGUUUGCACAUACGGCGUGCGGAUGCGUGCAGCGGGCUGGUUCGCAAGGGCUACAUGUUGCACGCUUCGCCUAUCAAUGAGCAUGCCCAAAUGACGAACGUCCGGCUGUGCUACCACACCCAAGUCUACGUAAAUGCUUUGCGCCGCAUCAGCAAUCUCUACAGUCGUCCACUCUCGGUCUACAUAGCCUCGGACGACGGUGGGUCAAUUUUAGAUGAGAUCCAACAGCUUGACUUCGAUCUCUACAGACAAGCAUCUUGGCAUCAUCUGAACUUCUCUCGGGCGGCCUUGAAGUAUGUAGGUACCGUUGAAGGACAGAACGCUUCCACGAACGGAUUUCUUGGAGAGACGGCUGCUGCUGAUGCCUGGCUUCUGAGCCAUGGCGACGUGUUCGUGGGGCAUUUGGGCUCUCGCUUUACCAAAGGCGCUUAUCUGCUUGCUACUGCGCGCCACAACAUCCCGAUCCCGUACAUUUCUGUUGACGGCCACAAUUAUUGUUGCCAGAACGAUGAGCAGUGCUCAAAAGCGACCGAGGCUCUGACAGGUAUUGUUGAUUGCCUCACUUUCAGCCCUGAAAUUUCAGGACAGAAAAACUACGGCGACUAUUGGAAAGAAGGCGUCACAGUUCGGUGGAAUCAGACUCGCUGA